AUGGUUGGUCGUGGUACCCUGAUGGUCCUUUGGGCUCCCGCUUGCUUCGCUGCAACUCACGCGGGGCGACAAUUCCACAGUCAUCUACAUCAUGCUCGAUCGCUGUCGCCGCGGACGAGUGAUGUCUCUUUUCCGGGGAUUCAGAUGUUCUCGAAUGAAUCCUUGUCCGAUCUCGGACUUUCGUCGACUUGUGAACAGGCUUUGUACCGGACAAUCUACUGUGACGCUACGGUUUCCUACAUGAGCUCUAACAGCUAUGUCGGAAACUUCGACAAUUCCACAUUGACUGCUCUUGUGUGCGAGGAUGAGUGUGAGAUCUCAAUUUCGCAGUUCCAUGAUGCUGUUGCAACCAACUGCGGCGCAUCUGCGGCCUAUAUCCCUGGACUUUCCUUUCUGUCACUUGUGGAUCAGGUUUGGAGUAACUGGAACCUAACCUGUCUAGUUGACCCUACCACAGGGCAAAACUGUAAUGAAAUCAUCAACGCUUUCCCUGAUGUCGAUGAUAUGUCUGAUCUCCCCGCGUCGGAUUUGUGUUCUUACUGCAAUGUGAAACAAUUGGCCAUGAUGCAAGAAAACGCAUACUCCAUUGACUACACAGAGGACUGGCAGACCACCUAUGAAUACGUUGCCCAAACUUGCAAUCUGACAGUGGCUGAUUUCAACGCCACACAAAGCGCAUUCAACGUUACCGUGAGCGUAGAGACGACCAACUGUGUAUCUGGAAACACAUACACGACCGAAGAGGGCGAUACAUGUGAUUCUAUUGCAUUAGCUCAUGAUGUUUCUGCUGCUACGAUGUUCUAUAUCAAUCCAAACAUCCUGAACUGUUCCUCAAUUUGGUCCGGAACUACACUAUGCCUACCCGAAACUUGCGAGGUUUAUACAGUGCAGACAGGAGACACGUGCAGUACUAUUGCCGCUGCGAAUGGACUUUUGACCAGUAACAUUCUAUCUUUCAACUCCCAGUUGAAUUACAAUUGCAGCAAUUUACAGUCCCCCGAUCCGUACUGGGGUUCGACACUAUGCGUCUCGACCCCCGGUGGAACUUAUUCAGGUCAAGCAGCAAACACCACAUCAACUGAAGUUGAAGCCGUCAACCCGCCUGCCGGCGUGUCCGUUGCGAAUGGCACAGUAACCGAUUGCAGCUCAUGGUAUGUCAACUAUGCAAGCGAAAAUCUCACCUGUGCACAGAUUUGCCUGUCGAACUUGAUCUCUAUCAAUUUGUUCACUGAAGUGAAUCCAUCACUGGGCAAGACAACCUGCGACAGCGACCUGGUUGUAGGAGACGCCUAUUGUGUCAACCCAGUAUCUGGAUGGAAUCUAGGGUCAAAUGCGAAUACUACGUCCGCCACGACUAGUAGUGCGACAUUGACGGCCGCAAGCACUCCCGGGGCAGCGACUCAGACUGGCAUUCCAUCAAACUGCAACGCGUACUAUAUUGCAAACUUUCCCUGGGUAGCAAAUGACACCUGUGCCACAGUUGCCGCCGACUUUGGCAUCACAGAAGUGCAGUUCCAGUCAUGGAACCCUGCCAUCUCAUCAGAUUGUACGUCAGGCUUCUGGGCUGAGGAAGCAUAUUGUGUGGGAGUUUCCACCUCUUCCUCUUCCAUCAUAUCCUCUAUUGCCACAUCCGCCACCCUCGUGUCUUCGACGACUGCACUCGCAUCUUCGACUUCUGUGAUCGUGCCAGGCCCUACACAAACUGGUAUUCCCUCUAAUUGCAGCAAGUACUAUGUUGCUCAAUCUGGCGAUGACUGUGCAACAGUAGCGGCAGCCUAUGGAAUAACAGAGGCGCAGUUUCUGGCUUGGAAUCCCGCUGUUUCGUCGGACUGUGAGAGUGGGUUUUGGGCUGAUGAAGCUUAUUGUGUGGCUGUUUCCUCCUAG